CUUAAAAUCCAAAUUAGGUACCUUGCAUUUUGCGGAUUAUAUCAAUGCUAAAUUACAAAGAAGUCAAUGAUGAGAGGGUGGAGCGAGCAGUGAGUGUCACUCUCUCCUCUAGCUUUGGGUCACACCACUAUUCUUCUUGGGUUAUGUGUGUUUUGGUCGCGGGGGAGUUUAUAUAUGCCACUUGCAAGUUGCAACAUAUACAUACAUACAAAAGCCUCGAGCGAAGACUAAAAAAAGGGAAGAGCUUCUCAAACUCCUGCACUUUUCUAUAUAUUCUCCUUUCAUAUUCAAUACUUGCCACUGCUGUUUUGAGCUUAAUUGUAACCUUAUGUCUCUCCUGCAUUGUCUUCUUCUUAAACACAUUCUUCAUUUCUUAUGAAUAUCUCAUGAUAUAAUAAUACUAUAGACUCCUCUAAUUUUAUGUAUUAACAAAAAGCAUAUAACCCAAGUUUGGUUAUUUUAAUAAUGAUUUUUGAAAUCUUGAUUGUAAGCAAAAAUCCAGACUUGGGUACUUUAGUUCUUGAAGUCUUGAUAAUAGAUUAAACUUUGACAUGAAAAUGUGAUUUUAUUUUGUCUAUACUUGACAAAGCAGUGUCAGAUUUCUUCUGUUUACAUUACUAUGUGCAAGCUUUUAACUUAGCUUCAUGAAUUUUUUGUUAUCAUUUCUUUGUUCAUCAGUCAAUUUUAUUAAGAUCUUUUACUAGCAAAUUGUAUUGCCUUAUUUCAUUCAUUGAGCCAUACCUUUAAUAUAUAAUUAGUCGAGUCUAUACAGAAAGAUUGUACAUUAGUCUUACAUGUAAAAUUUAGUGGGAUAUGUGUAUGAAGUUUUGAAGCAAUGAGAGAUGAGAACUCGAAGAAACACAAGUAUUCAUGGCCGAAGACCCUGGUCAAGAAAUGGUUCAAUAUUAAGAGUAAAGCUGCAGAGGAUUUUCAUGCUGAUGAAGAUAUUGUUUAUCAAGGUGGUGGUGAAGAAUGUAGGAAUAAUUUCUCAAAUAAGGAAGCAUGCACCAUGAAGAAAAGCAGAACAGAGAGAUUAAGCAAAAGAAACUCUGAUUUUGUCCGGAGAAGUAAGAUUGAUCUAGAUGCUGCCCAGGUCACAGAUGUUCAGAACUAUAGGAUCUUUGUAGCUACAUGGAAUGUAGCUGGGAAAUCCCCUACAAGUAAUUUGAAUCUUGAAGAUUGGCUUCAGACUUCACCUCCAGCUGACAUUUACGUUCUUGGGUUCCAAGAAAUAGUUCCAUUAAAUGCUGGUAAUGUCCUGGGCACAGAAGACAAUGGCCCAGCAAGAAAAUGGCUAGCUCUCAUUCGAAAGACUUUAAAUAAUCUUCCUGGAACAAGUGGCGCUUACCUCACGCCCUCACCAAUUCCUAACCCAAUUGUGGAAUCAGAUGCAGACUUUGAAGGAUCUACUAGACAGAAGGCCUCAUCUUUCUUUCAUCGUCGUUCCUUCCAAUCACUAAGUCGAAGCAUGAGGAUGAUGGACAAUGACAUGUCAGUGCCUCAGCCUUAUCCAGAUCGUCGAUUCAGUGUUUGUGACAGAGAUAUGUUGGGACAGGGAACCUGUGAUUAUGAUUCAAAUGUUAGAUGGGGUGGCUCCUCUGAUGAAGAAAAUGUUGAUUCCCCGUGCAUCACUCAGUGUUCACCAAUGAUGUACAAUGGGUCUACCUCCAUGGAUAGAAAUAGACAACAAGCAAGCACAAGGUACAGUCUAGUGGCCAGCAAACAGAUGGUCGGGAUCUUUCUAACAGUAUGGGUCAGGAGUGAUCUUAGAGAUGAUGUUCAUAACAUGAAAGUGUCCUGUGUGGGCAGAGGAUUGAUGGGUUAUCUUGGUAACAAGGGUUCUAUAUCAAUUAGCAUGUCUUUGCACCAAACAAGUUUCUGCUUCAUCUGUAGUCAUUUAAGCUCUGGGCAAAAGGAAGGUGAUGAACUGAGGAGAAACUCUGAUGUCUUGGAAAUUCUAAAAAAGACAAGAUUUCCACAAGUUCAUGCCUUGGAAACCGAUAAAUCCCCCCAAACAGUUCUGGAGCACGAUCGAAUUAUAUGGCUUGGGGAUUUGAACUAUCGGAUUGCAUUGUCUUACCGUUCUGCAAAGGCUCUUGUUGAGAUGCGCAACUGGAGGGCUUUGUUGGAAAAUGAUCAGCUUCAAAUAGAGCAAAGAAGAGGACAUGUGUUUGAGGGUUGGAAUGAAGGGAGAAUAUAUUUUCCUCCUACAUACAAAUAUUCAAACAACUCGGACAGAUAUGCAGGAGAUAAUAGGGACCCGAGGGAGAAGCGGAGGACACCGGCAUGGUGUGAUCGCAUAUUGUGGUACGGUAGAGGCCUUCAUCAAAUGUCUUACGUUCGUGGGGAGUCCCGUUUUUCUGAUCAUAGACCAGUUUAUAGCAUAUUCUUGGCACAGGUUGAGUCUAUCAAUCCUAGCAGAAUCAAGAAAAGUGCGAGUUGUUCUAAUUCCCGAAUAGAGGUAGAAGAACUAUUGCCGUAUGCUCAUGAAUAUGGCCAACUGAAUUUCUUCUGAACAAGACCAGCAUCUGAUGAUGAUUCAUCAAGAUAAAUAUAAUGCCAAGUCACAGCCAAUUCUCGGCUUGUGAAGUUGGGAGAGCAGGAAGUGUUACAAUAUCAGCUUAACAGGAUGGGUAGCUGUGGGCACUGUUGUAGAGGUUCUUUGCAAUAACAGAUACUUGUAGAUUAGUUUAGUUGGGUUGAUUUUUUUAUUUUUUAUUUGUCAGGAGAUGGGGUGAUAUUUUUUUUUUUUGAAAAUAGAGAUGGGGUGAUAUUUAACCAUACAGAAAAUGAAGAUUUUCACAAAUUUCAACUCUUCAUGUUUUUUUUCUCUUAGAACCCACAAUUUUCACAGAAUUAGCCUCUCUACUCGGGUAAGGUUUACAUUCAUCUCCCCAGUUAGCAACUAGCACAAGCUCUGUAUGUUUAGUGUGGUUGGAUUACAGAAAUACAAUCAUAGACUGUAUACUUAAUAAAUUCAAUAUUCUCUUCAGUGAUUAGUAACUGAUCAGUAACUGAGGUGAUGUUAAACAUGUAGCUAAUUUUAUACUGUUACUGAAAAGGUAAACAAUGUCCUAAAAGAAAAGAGUGUUCAUGUUCAUUGCUUUCUUUCUUUCCCAGUGUGCAUAUUCAUUUAGCCAAAUCUGAUUAAAGCUGUAAAGUAAAGCAUAUAUCACCAUGCACUUCCUUUAAUGCAUACCAGGUACUUGAAUAGAAUGUCACCCUGUAUGUGUAUAGAUUACUGGAGAGACCUUCAUCUUCUUUUCAUGUGCCCUUGAAUGUAUUUUGGAGGGCCAUGAUUUUAAAACUUGUUUGCCCCCAUCAGUAUGCACUUCCCUUGCCAAUACACUUUUUAGUUGCAUUUCACACACAAAAAAAAAUUCAUACUGGUUUAACUGUAUCAUGCUGAAAUAAGUUCAGUUCUUCCUAUCCACUAUUUUGAGCUUUUACCCUAUAUCUUCAAUCUAUUGGAUCAAGGCAGUUUUAUUUAUGUAUUAGCCUUCUGCAGGAUACAGAGGUGAGAUAUAGUACAUCUUACAUAAAAAAAAAAAAAAAAAAACCUUUCUUACAAUAUUAUACAAAAACGCCUUCAAU